AUGGGUUGUGUGAAUCUAGUCGUUUCCAUCAUCUUCUUCAUCUACCUGUUUUCUCUUUCUAAGUUACUUAUCAUCGUGCAAUACACAACUGCACAAUCAAUAUAUAUUAAUCAUUUAUGUUUAGGAGCUAAUUACACUACCGGGAGUUUAUUUCAAACUAAUCUCAAUCUUUUUAUUAAUUCACUAUCUGCCAACAAUUUAACUAUCAUAAAAGAUGGAUACUAUAACAACACUGUUGGCAGAAAGCCGGAUACUGUUUACGGGUCAUUUCAGUGUAGAGGUGAUCUUAAAUUAGAUGAUUGUAAAAAUUGUGUUAAAACUGGUAUUCAAGACAUCAAAGCAAAUGAAAGAUGUCCCAAUUCUAAACAAGCAAUCAUUUGGUAUAAUGAUUAUAAGUUUCACCGAAUCUUGGGUGAUUUAGUGAAUAGUUUAGCAACAAAUGCUACGUCUAAUAGUGGUUUUGCUAGAGGACAUGCAAAUCUUACGAAUUCUAUAGAAGUAUAUGGAUUUGUACAGUGUAGUGCAGAUUUAUUUCCAAGUGAUUGUUAUCGAUGUGUUCUUGGUGUUAUAGCUCAAUUACCAAAUUGUUGUUAUGGGAAAAAAGCUGGAAGAGUUUCGACACCAAGUUGUGUUUUUAGAUAUGAUUUAGAUCCUUACUUUCAGACAACAAUUACUUCAGCACCACUGUUAUCAACGAACACAACUGCACCAAUCUCAAAUGGGAGCAACUCAUCCAAUCUUGCUAUCAGCAUAACUGUUCCUUCGGUGGUUAUCGCAGUACUUUCUUCUGUUGGAUUUUGGUUUUUAUGUUUCCGGAGAAAGAAAACAGACACGGAGAAAUUUGUCGAUGUCAAUGAUGCGGUUCUAAAGACACAAUCCUUGCAGUUCAACUUCUGUACAAUAUGUGCUUCAACAAACAGUUUCUCUGAAGCUAAUAAACUCGGAGAAGGAGGAUUUGGCUCGGUUUAUAAGGGUACACUUCCAAGCGGGCAGGAAAUAGCGGUAAAGAGGCUAUCAAAAAUUUCAGGGCAAGGUGAACGAGAGUUCAAGAAUGAAGUCACCUUAGUAGCUAAGCUUCAACACAAAAAUCUUGUGAAACUUGUUGGUUUCAGUCUAGCUGGUGAAGAAAAACUACUAAUCUACGAGUUCAUGCCAAAUGCAAGCCUUGACCAGUUCCUAUUUGAUCCGAUUAAAUGCAGACAUCUUAUCUGGGAAAGGCGAUACAAGAUACUAGGAGGGAUAGCGAAAGGGCUUGUUUAUCUGCAUGAAGAGUCGCGACUUAAAAUCAUCCAUCGAGAUCUCAAAGCUAGCAAUAUCUUAUUAGACAUAGACAUGAAUCCUAAAAUUGCAGAUUUCGGCAUGGCUAAGCUUUUUGUUCUUGACCAAACUCAAGCUAGUACAAACAGAAUUGUUGGAACUCAUGGUUACAUGCCUCCAGAGUAUAUAAUGCAUGGAAAGUUCUCUGUGAAAUCCGACGUUUUUAGCUUUGGUGUCUUAGUUUUAGAGAUUCUUACUGGGAAGAGAAACAGCUGCUUUCAAGGGCCAGAUAUUGCUCGGAACCUUCUGAGCUAUGCAUGGAGCCUUUAUAUAUAUGGUUCGGCUAUGGAGUUAUUAGAUCCAACUUUGAAGGGCGCAUAUUCUACAAGUGAAGCAAUGAAAUGCAUCCAUGUCGCGCUAUUAUGUGUUCAAGAAAAUGUCGCCGAUAGACCCACAAUGCCCACGGUUGUCCAAAUGCUCAGCAAUUCUCUGAUUACUCAGGAAUCACCAUCACCACCUGCAUUUUUCGCUGGUAGUACUAUAAAUAUAGAGCCUCUGCCGACCUUAAACCUUAGCGAUAGUGAAGAACAAGGAAAUUCGGCGUACCAUCCAAUCAGGGAAGCAGUAACAAUGUAA